CUCCGUGUGCGUGGUGCGGGGCAGUGCUGUUGUUUGGAGCGGUACAGCAUCGCGGGCCGGGCUUUUACCAUGGCGCUGGUCGCCGGCGUCAUUCGGCGGCUGGAUGAGGCCGUGGUGAAUCGCAUCGCGGCCGGCGAGGUCAUCCAGAGACCGGCAAACGCCAUCAAGGAGAUGAUAGAGAACUGUUUGGAUGCUAAAUCUACAAGUAUCCAGGUAGUAGUCAAAGAAGGUGGUCUGAAGCUCAUCCAGGUCCAAGAUAAUGGCUGUGGUAUCAGAAAAGAAGAUCUGCACAUUGUUUGUGAGAGAUUUACUACCAGCAAACUGCAGAAAUUUGAAGACUUGGCUAGUAUUUCAACGUAUGGGUUUAGGGGUGAGGCAUUGGCUAGCAUCAGUCAUGUUGCCCAUGUUACAGUAACAACUAAAACAGCUGAUGCAAAGUGUGCAUACAGAGCUUCUUACAGUGAUGGAAAAAUCAAAGCCCCUCCAAAACCCUGUGCUGGAAACCAAGGGACACAGAUCAUGGUGGAAGAUCUUUUUUACAAUGUAAAUACAAGGAGGAAAGCUUUAAAAAAUCCAAGUGAGGAGUAUGCCAAAAUACUAGAAGUUGUUGGCAGGUAUGCCAUCCAUAACUCAGGUAUCAGCUUUUCAGUUAAAAAGCAAGGUGAUACUGUGUCAGAUGUCAGAACUUUAUCAAAUGCUACCACAGUGGACAACAUUAGGUCCAUCUUUGGAAAUGCUGUUAGCAGGGAACUCAUAGAAGUGGGCUGCGAAGAUGCAAAUCUGGCCUUUAAAAUGAAAGGCUACAUCACGAAUGCCAACUACUCUGUGAAGAAAUGUAUAUUUUUACUCUUCAUAAACCAUCGGCUGGUAGAGUCAACUGCUUUGCGGAAAGCCAUAGAGACUGUGUAUGCUGCUUAUUUGCCAAAAAGUACACAUCCAUUCCUAUACUUAAGCCUGGAAAUAGCCCCUAAAAAUGUAGAUGUGAAUGUACACCCUACAAAACAUGAGGUCCACUUCCUCCAUGAAGACAGCAUUCUAGAGCGUGUGCAACAACACAUAGAGAGCAAGCUGUUGGGUUCUAAUUCUUCAAGGAUGUACUACACUCAGACAUUGCUUCCAGGGGCCGAAUGUUCUUCCAGUGAGGUGGUAAAAUCAGCAGCGAGCUCUUCUACGGCUACAAAAGGAACCAGUGAUAAAGUUUAUGCACAUCAGAUGGUCCGCACUGAUUCCCGAGAGCAGAAGUUGGAUGCUUUUCUUCAGCCAGUGAACAACUCCCAGAGUACAGGCCCCACGGAAGAGACAUCAGGGGUUAAUGUGGGACCUCCAGAGGGCACAGUUAGGCCACAGGAUGCUGAAAUGGAAGAUGUGAGUGAGCUCCUUGAAACAGCUGAUGUAAUUGAAAUGGCUGACGUUCAGCAGGAUGCAGUGAUGCCUGGAGGGCUGAGUAAGAGUGGACACUUGUCUCCUGAGAAAGCAGUCCCACGAAAGAGACCACGGGAAGACACAGAUGUACGAAUGGAAGAAGACACUGGAAAAGAAAUGACUGCUGCCUGCACCCCUAAAAGAAGAAUUAUCAAUUUGACCAGCGUGUUGACUCUUCAGGAUGAGAUUAGCAACCAGGCACAUGAAAGUCUUCAGGAGAUGCUGCGUGAUCACUCGUUUGUUGGUUGUGUCAGCCCUCAGUGGGCUCUGGUGCAGCAUCGGACAAAACUGUAUCUUCUCAAUACAACAAAACUCAGCCAGGAACUUUUCUACCAGAUACUUAUUUAUGACUUUGCAAACUUUGGCGUUCUAAGACUCUCUGAGCCAGCUCCUUUAUAUGAGCUUGCAAUGCUUGCUUUAGAGGACCCUGAAAGUGGCUGGACAGAGGAAGAUGGCCCAAAAGAAGGCCUUGCUGAGUACAUAGUUGAGUUUCUGAAAAAGAAGACUGAAAUGUUGAAAGAUUAUUUCUCCCUUGAAAUCGAUGAGGAAGGAAACCUUAUUGGAUUACCCCUUCUCAUAGACAACUACAUACCCCUGCUGGAGGGACUACCAAUGUUUAUCCUCCGUUUGGCCACUGAGGUAAACUGGGAUGAAGAGAAGGAGUGCUUUGAAAGCCUAAGUAAAGAACUUUCUCUGUUCUACUCCAUUAGAAAACAAUAUAUAAUGGAUGAAACCAACCUGACACACUCUCAGAAUGAGGAUUCUGACUCUAGUUCACCGCCGUGGAAAUGGACAGUGGAGCACGUUGUUUACAAAGCCUUCAGGACUCAUCUUUUACCUCCUAAACACUUCACAGAUGACGGCAACAUCUUGCAGCUCGCUAACCUGCCUGACUUGUAUAAAGUUUUUGAGAGAUGCUGAGCAAGAAAUUAUUUGUAUAGACCUGUGCAUAUCUAAAAAAAAUAUUUUACAUUGUUUUAUGUAGAUAAAGUCUUGGAAGGGGGGGGAGAGAGGAUUUAAUGACAGCAAACAGAUGUUAUAUUUUUUUUCUUCAGUUUAUCAGAGAACAGAAAGGAUUUAUUAUGUUUCUAAAAUAAAAGAUUUCAUAUAUGC